AUGACCUCUAUCCAGGCGUCAAUUGCGGCAAUCGCCAGCCGUGAAGGCGUUAGAAUCGUCCUGCCCCGAGCGUAUCUGCUCUACAAAUUCGGGAUACUAUUCUAUAACUACUCAAAUUCAACGCUAGCUGUCAUGCGGGGUCUUCCCAUCCCUGGACUUGUCUAUGGCAACAUGAAACAGAUCAUGGAAACUGCCAACAGUGAUCGCGAGGUGGCUCGGCGGCCUCGGCAGCCAUUUCAUAUCGUGCCAUGUUCACUUCUUGUCGCGAAACUGCUUCACCACAACGACCACCGGAUGGCCAGUAAACAACUUGGAAGACUGCGUCAGUGGGCAGGAGAAGUGAUAUCCUCCCGCGAGAAGACGACGGUUAACGAAGAGUUUCAAGAUCUAGAGAAAGAUAUUGAGCUGAGGAAGAGUGGGAUUCAGAAGCUCCUGAUUGUUUCUGAAGGAUACCAACAUGCAUUGUCGAAGAAGAAGGCGAACGAAGCUCUGAAGGAGGGCGAGAAAUUCCUUCCGAUAGACACACUUGGAAUCGCGAUGAUCUCCCAUGGCGAAGAAUUUGGGGAGGACUCCGCCUUUGGAGACUCCUUGGUGAAAGUGGGACGAGCGCAUUGCAAGAUCGCGACUCUGCAGGAAGCAUAUGCUCUCACAUUCAAAGACACCUUCAUCGCAUCCUUGGGGCGUUUUAGAGAUGAAAUCAAAGAGUACGAAGCCCUGAAGAAGAAGCUUGACGCAAGAAGAGCUGCUUGCGAUACCGCGGUCACCAAAUUCGAGAAACUUCAGAAUAGCAAAAAGGAGAAAGACAAGCGCGAGGCUGAAGACGAAAUGGAGAAGUCCAAACAACGCUACGAAGAGACCGAGGAAGAUAUGCGGGCACAUAUGCAUGCAAUCCAAGAGAACGAGCACCUACAGAUGCAUGAAUUAAGGUCGUUUAUUGACCUAGAAGCCAACUUUAUUCAGUCCUAUCUCGAUAUACUCAAAGACAUCAAAUCUGACUGGGAGGAACGGCCCAAUCAUCAGCCUAAGGCCAAGACCUUCCAAACUCCAACGAAAUCCAAGGCUGCUCGACAGAAGCGAACCGACUCUUCCCCGUCCCCUGAUUCGUCUGAUGAGGGUGCGGGCAACAGUCAUUCAUUCCCUCGUAAACAUUCAAGGACUGGAUCCACUUCGAGCAGGCCUCCCUCACGUCCCUCUUCGAGAUUAUCAAGGAAACGUGCCAACAGUACAGCUGCGUCCACUGUGAAUGACGACGACAAGGAGAAGGAGGAGAAGAAAGAAGGCGAUAAGUCGCGAAGGCUCAGUGUCGCUGGCUGGGCGUCGAGUGCUGUCGAGUCCGUUACAGGCAGCAAAGGGAAGAAGAACAAAGACACCGACUCCUUUGCUACCUUGGACGACGACGACAAGCCUUCCACAGAUGGGCACGUAUCUGGAGACGGAUCGCUGCGAAAAUCUUCAAGCCUUCGCGCAUUGGCUCGCCGAACAUCCAGUAGAAAGAAGUCAAAGGAGAACCUACCUGCAUCAGCAAACAACUCCCCCGUUCCUACAGGCAAGAUCCUCAAACCGCCUUCGAUGCAAGACAGGAAGCUCGUACGCGCACUGUACGACUUUUCUGGCUCAUCAGAUGAGCUGAGCUUCAAAGCUGGGAGUGAGAUCGUUGUGGUGCAGGAGGUGCUUGAUGACUGGUGGAUGGGCGAGGUCAACGGGCAGAGAGGAAUAUUCCCCGCUUCGUACACGGAGGUCGUCGGGACCAGGCUUGCUGGUCCUCAGUGGCCGUACAAGGGCGACCAGUCGAACGUGCAACAUAACAAGAACGGGAGUGCAGAAGACAAGGAUAACGAUACUUACCUGAUGAGCGACGCCGACGACAACGACCUGACUGUCGCCCCGAUGGCGAUUAACCGCAGUCCCGUGUUUUAUGGCGCUUUCAACGACGCGGCGAGUUUCACAGAUAGUAUGGCCGAGGCUGAUUCCGACGCCGAUCUUCCGCCUAAAAGGCACCAGUGGAAGGCGUUCUCGGACGACGACUGGUUCAACGACGGACGGACCACGCAGACUGCCUCGGCUCCCGGCCUCACCAUCAUCCCACCUCGCCCCAGUAACCGCGCCAUCCUCGACUCGUUAGACUCGGCGCAACAGCCCCUUAUCUCGCGGUCGCAGUCGGAUAACCCGACGUCGUCUUCCACUAACUCUGGCAGUAUACCCUCAAAGAAGAUGCCACCUCCCCCACCGCCAAGACGCGCGAUGAGCCACAACCCUACGAUGACACCGCCUGCGAUCCCUGCUAAGCGACUCCCGGGACAGGUUGCAACUGCACUUAUUGCAGCACAGAGCACGACGACGAGCUUGAGCACUAUGAGUGGUUUCUUCUCGAGCAGAGACACGCCCUCUGCUGGGAGCCUAUCGGCCGCUUCUUCGAUUAGCAGCCAUGGACACAACGGACCGUCGCAAGGAGGUGGGUACAGUGGAUAUGACCGAUCGCCAUUUGAGAGUGCUGUUGAGCUGGAGCUCGAGGCGGGCGAAGGAGAGCGGAUGGGAAGUGGGCGGUGCACGCAGUUCAGGCAGAACCCCUUCAAACCAAAGGGGAUGUGCAGUAACUGCCUCGAGUUCCACACUUAA